AUGAGCGAUGAGACGCUUCUCAACGCUGACGUUACACGAUGGGUUCAACAAUAUAGAGAUCGAAACGGCGGCGAGGAUUGUUCGCUUCUUCCGUUGAUGCCUCCUGGAUUGCACUUUUUCAUCAACAAAUACAUUUUCCCGUUUCAAUUUCUUCUCGGCGUCGUCGGAAAUAUACUGAAUUUGUUCGUGCUGACAAGUCGAAAUAUGCGAAACGAAGCAAAUAUACUUCUAGCUGCGAUGGCAAUAGCUGACAUUAUCAUGUUAUGCGCUUCUCUUCCGAUGUCGAUGGGAGCAUGGAGCACAUUUUAUAUGCCUCACUGGUUUAGACGAAUGUUUUUUGCGUCACAUACAUGGAUAAUCUUCCUGCUUAAUUUCUGCUCGUGUAUCACUUCUUGGCUAAUUUUGGCAGUCUCCGUCGAAAGAUAUAUGGGCAUUCGAUCUCCGAUUCUUAUUCGCUAUCAAUGGCGAACAUCUCGAGUAUUUAUGAUCAUAUUCAUAAUUGUUAUCGGCUCAUUCUGUCUCACAUUUUUCCAUGUAUUCGAAUACAAAUAUGGCUAUACAACAAUAUGCAAUGGAACACUCUACGGAUCACCAGUUAAUAUUAGUAAACUUGUCGAUGUCGACUUGUGGGUAAAGAAGCUCAUCAACACUUUCAAAAUACUUCAAAUCGUUAUUGGCGUAAUUCUUCCAACAAUCGGCAUCAUUCUUCUCAAUCUUCAAAUUAUCAACGUUCUUCGAAAAUCCGAGUUCCUCGUCUUCCGAAAUUGUAAUGGGAAUGACGAAGCAUCGCGCAAAUUCAGCGACCUCGAUGCUCGCCAGAAGCGAGACCUCAAAGUAACAUUCACCGUGUGGGCGAUCAUCGGAUGCUAUUUCAUCACGCACGUCCCUUCAACUCUUCCAUUCGUCAUUGAAGUUUUCGGAACGAAUCCGGAUUGGGUGAAAAUCUAUGCAAUUCCUAUUUCGGGCUCAUGGCUAAUUACUGGAAAAGUCGCUAAUUUCGUAUUAUUUUGCAUGUCUUCCGUCUACUUCAGACGUCGAUUGAUAUCGUUGUUGCGCGGAAGGUGCGACUGCGGAGCCACGAAAAAGAAGUUCAGUGGAGUCUCUAGUGCGUUAUCCAUCAAAAGUCAGGCGUACCGACUCCAAAAAUACCGUGAUCGUGACGAGGUACAUCGACAGAGCAGCUGCUUGACUCAGAUCGACGCCUAG